AUGAGCGAAGAAAGCUUAUUCGAGUCGUCUCCACAGAAGAUGGAGUACGAAAUUACAAACUACUCAGAAAGACAUACAGAACUCCCAGGCCAUUUUAUUGGUCUCAAUACGGUAGAUAAAGUAGAGGAGUCCCCGUUGAGGGACUUUGUUAAGAGCCACGGUGGUCACACGGUCAUAUCCAAGAUCCUGAUAGCAAAUAACGGUAUUGCUGCCGUUAAAGAAAUUAGAUCAGUUAGAAAAUGGGCAUACGAGACUUUCGGCGAUGACAGAACCGUUCAAUUCGUCGCCAUGGCUACCCCAGAAGAUCUGGAGGCCAACGCAGAAUAUAUUCGUAUGGCCGACCAAUACAUUGAAGUGCCAGGUGGUACUAAUAACAACAACUACGCCAAUGUAGACCUGAUCGUAGAUAUCGCUGAAAGAGCAGACGUAGAUGCCGUAUGGGCAGGCUGGGGUCACGCCUCCGAGAAUCCACUAUUGCCCGAAAAAUUGGCUCAGUCUAAGAGGAAAGUCAUCUUUAUUGGGCCCCCAGGUAACGCCAUGAGGUCAUUGGGUGACAAGAUCUCCUCUACGAUUGUCGCUCAAAGUGCUAAAGUUCCAUGUAUUCCAUGGUCUGGUACCGGUGUGGACACAGUUCACGUGGACGAGAAAACCGGUCUGGUCUCUGUCGACGAUGACAUCUACCAAAAGGGUUGUUCUACCUCCCCUGAAGAUGGUCUACAAAAGGCCAAGCGUAUUGGUUUCCCCGUCAUGAUUAAGGCAUCCGAAGGUGGUGGUGGUAAAGGUAUCAGACAAGUUGAACGUGAAGAAGAUUUCAUCGCUUUAUACCACCAGGCAGCAAACGAAAUUCCAGGUUCCCCCAUUUUCAUCAUGAAGUUGGCCGGCAGAGCCCGUCACUUGGAAGUUCAACUGCUGGCAGAUCAGUACGGUACAAAUAUUUCCUUGUUCGGUAGAGAUUGUUCCGUGCAAAGACGUCAUCAAAAAAUUAUCGAAGAAGCUCCAGUGACAAUUGCUAAGGCUGAAACAUUUCACGAAAUGGAAAAGGCUGCCGUUAGACUGGGGAAACUAGUCGGUUAUGUCUCUGCUGGUACCGUGGAGUAUCUAUAUUCUCAUGAUGAUGGGAAAUUUUACUUUUUAGAAUUGAACCCAAGAUUACAAGUCGAGCAUCCAACAACGGAAAUGGUCUCCGGUGUUAACUUACCUGCAGCCCAAUUACAAAUCGCUAUGGGUAUCCCUAUGCAUAGAAUAAGUGACAUUAGAACUCUAUAUGGUAUGAAUCCACAUUCUGCCUCAGAAAUCGAUUUCGAAUUCAAGACUCAAGAUGCCACCAAGAAACAAAGAAGACCCAUUCCAAAGGGUCAUUGUACCGCUUGUCGUAUCACAUCAGAAGAUCCAAAUGAUGGAUUCAAGCCAUCUGGUGGUACUUUGCAUGAACUAAACUUCCGUUCUUCUUCCAACGUUUGGGGUUAUUUCUCCGUGGGUAACAAUGGUAAUAUUCAUUCCUUUUCAGACUCUCAGUUCGGUCAUAUUUUUGCCUUUGGUGAAAAUAGACAAGCAUCCAGGAAGCACAUGGUUGUUGCCCUAAAGGAAUUGUCCAUUAGAGGUGAUUUCAGAACUACUGUGGAAUACUUGAUCAAGCUUUUGGAAACUGAAGAUUUCGAGGAUAAUACUAUCACCACCGGUUGGUUGGACGAUUUGAUUACUCAUAAAAUGACCGCUGAAAAGCCAGAUCCAACUCUGGCUGUCAUUUGCGGUGCCGCUACAAAGGCUUUCUUGGCCUCUGAAGAGGCCCGCCACAAGUAUAUCGAAUCCCUACAAAAGGGUCAAGUUUUGUCCAAAGACCUGCUGCAAACCAUGUUCCCUGUAGAUUUCAUUCAUGAAGGUAAACGAUACAAGUUCACCGUGGCUAAAUCCGGUAAUGACCGUUACACAUUAUUUAUCAAUGGUUCCAAAUGUGAUAUCAUACUACGUCAAUUAUCCGAUGGUGGACUUUUGAUUGCCAUAGGAGGUAAAUCUCACACCAUCUAUUGGAAAGAAGAAGUCGCUGCCACAAGAUUAUCCGUUGAUUCCAUGACCACUUUGUUGGAAGUUGAAAAUGAUCCAACCCAGUUGCGUACCCCAUCUCCUGGUAAAUUAGUUAAAUUUUUGGUGGAAAAUGGUGAACACAUUAUCAAGGGCCAGCCUUACGCAGAAAUUGAAGUUAUGAAAAUGCAAAUGCCUUUAGUUUCUCAAGAAAAUGGUAUUGUCCAGCUAUUAAAGCAACCCGGUUCUACUAUUGUUGCAGGUGAUAUCAUGGCCAUUUUGACUCUUGACGAUCCAUCCAAGGUCAAGCACGCUUUACCAUUUGAAGGCAUGUUACCAGAUUUCGGUUCUCCGGUUAUCGAGGGAACCAAACCUGCCUAUAAAUUCAAGUCAUUAGUGUCUACUUUGGAAAAUAUCCUAAAGGGUUAUGACAACCAAGUUAUUAUGAACGCUUCCUUACAACAAUUGAUUGAAGUUUUGAGGAAUCCAAAGCUACCUUACUCAGAAUGGAAACUACACGUCUCUGCCUUACAUUCAAGAUUGCCCGCUAAGCUGGAUGAACAAAUGGAAGAGUUAGUAGCACGUUCUUUGAGACGUGGUGCUGUUUUCCCAGCCAGACAGUUGAGUAAAUUGAUCGAUAUGGCUGUGAAGAACCCUGAAUAUAAUCCCGACAAAUUGUUGUAUGCCGUUGUGGAACCAUUAGCAGAUAUUGCCCAUAAAUACUCUAAUGGGUUAGAAGCCCAUGAACAUUCUAUUUUCGUUCACUUUUUAGAAGAAUAUUAUGAAGUCGAAAAACUAUUCAAUGGUCCAAACGUUCGUGAGGAAAAUAUCAUUUUGAAAUUGCGUGAUGAAAACUCAAAAGAUUUAGAUAAAGUUGCUCUAACUGUUUUGUCUCAUUCAAAGGUUUCAGCCAAGAAUAACUUGAUACUGGCCAUCUUGAAACAUUACCAACCAUUGUGCAAGCUAUCUUCUAAAGUUUCUGCCAUUUUCUCUACUCCUUUGCAACAUAUCGUUGAACUAGAAUCUAAGGCUACCGCUAAGGUCGCUCUUCAAGCAAGGGAAAUUUUGAUUCAAGGCGCUUUACCAUCCGUUAAGGAAAGGACUGAACAAAUUGAACAUAUCCUAAAAUCCUCUGUCGUUAAAGUUGCCUAUGGUUCAUCCAAUCCAAAACGUUCUGAACCAGAUCUGAAUAUCUUGAAGGACUUGAUCGAUUCUAAUUACGUUGUGUUCGAUGUCUUACUUCAAUUCCUAACCCACCAAGACCCAGUUGUAACUGCUGCAGCUGCUCAAGUUUAUAUUCGUCGUGCUUAUCGUGCUUACACCAUAGGAGAUAUUAGAGUUCACGAAGGUGUCACAGUUCCAAUCGUUGAAUGGAAAUUCCAAUUGCCUUCAGCUGCGUUCUCCACCUUCCCAACUGUCAAAUCUAAAAUGGGUAUGAAUAGAGCUGUUUCUGUUUCAGAUUUGUCUUACGUUGCAAACAGUCAAUCAUCUCCAUUGAGAGAAGGUAUUUUAAUGGCUGUUGAUCAUUUAGACGAUGUUGAUGAAAUUUUGUCACAAAGUUUGGAAGUCAUUCCCCGUCACCAAGCUUCUUCUAACGGACCUGCUCCUGAUCGUUCUGGUAGUUCCGCAUCCUUAAGUAAUGUCGCUAAUGUUUGUGUUGCUUCUACAGAAGGUUUCGAAUCCGAAGAGGAAAUUUUGGUAAGGUUGAGAGAAAUUUUGGAUUUGAAUAAGCAAGAAUUAAUCAAUGCAGCCAUUCGUCGUAUCACAUUCAUGUUUGGUUUCAAAGAUGGGUCUUAUCCAAAGUAUUAUACUUUUAACGGUCCAAAUUAUAACGAAAAUGAAACAAUUCGUCACAUUGAGCCAGCUUUGGCUUUCCAAUUGGAAUUGGGAAGAUUAUCCAACUUCAACAUCAAACCAAUUUUUACUGAUAAUAGAAACAUUCAUGUCUAUGAAGCUGUUAGUAAGACUUCUCCAUUGGAUAAGAGAUUCUUUACAAGAGGUAUUAUUAGAACAGGUCAUAUCCGUGAUGACAUUUCUAUUCAAGAAUAUUUGACUUCCGAAGCUAACAGAUUGAUGAGUGAUAUAUUGGAUAACUUGGAAGUCACCGACACUUCAAAUUCCGACUUGAAUCAUAUCUUCAUCAAUUUCAUUGCCGUGUUUGAUAUUUCUCCAGAAGAUGUCGAAGCCGCCUUUGGUGGUUUCUUAGAAAGAUUCGGUAAGAGGUUAUUGAGAUUGCGUGUUUCUUCUGCCGAAAUUAGAAUUAUCAUUAAAGAUCCUCAAACGGGUGCGCCAGUGCCAUUGCGUGCUUUGAUCAAUAACGUUUCCGGUUAUGUCAUCAAAACAGAAAUGUACACUGAAGUCAAGAACGCAAAGGGUGAAUGGGUAUUCAAGUCUUUGGGUAAACCUGGUUCCAUGCACUUAAGACCUAUUGCUACUCCUUACGCUGUUAAGGAAUGGUUACAACCAAAACGUUAUAAGGCACACUUGAUGGGUACCACAUAUGUUUAUGACUUCCCAGAAUUAUUCCGUCAAGCAUCGUCAUCCCAAUGGAAAAAUUUCUCUUCAGAUGUUAAGCUAACAGACGAUUUCUUCAUUUCCAAUGAGUUGAUCGAAGAUGAAAAUGGCGAAUUGACUGAGGUGGAAAGAGAACCUGGUGCCAACGCCAUUGGUAUGGUUGCCUUUAAGAUCACUGUAAAGACCCCUGAAUAUCCAAGAGGCCGUCAAUUUGUUGUUGUUGCUAACGAUAUUACAUUUAAGAUCGGUUCCUUUGGUCCACAAGAAGACGAAUUCUUCAAUAAGGUCACUGAAUAUGCUAGAAAGCGUGGUAUUCCAAGAAUUUACCUGGCUGCAAACUCCGGUGCUAGAAUUGGUAUGGCUGAAGAAAUUGUCCCCCUAUUCCAAGUUGCAUGGAAUGAUGCUUCCAAUCCUGAAAAGGGUUUCCAAUACUUAUACUUAACAAGUGAAGGUAUGGAAACCUUGAAGAAAUUUGACAAAGAAAAUUCUGUUCUUACUGAACGUACUGUUAUAAAUGGUGAAGAAAGAUUUAUCAUCAAGACAAUCAUUGGUUCUGAAGAUGGGUUAGGUGUCGAAUGUUUACGUGGUUCUGGUUUAAUUGCCGGCGCUACGUCAAGAGCUUACCAUGAUAUCUUUACUAUUACCUUGGUCACUUGUAGAUCUGUCGGUAUCGGUGCUUAUUUGGUUCGUUUGGGUCAAAGAGCUAUUCAGGUUGAAGGUCAACCAAUCAUUUUAACUGGUGCUCCAGCCAUUAACAAAAUGUUGGGUAGAGAAGUUUACACUUCGAACUUACAACUGGGUGGUACUCAAAUCAUGUAUAACAAUGGUGUCUCACAUUUGACUGCUGUUGACGAUUUAGCUGGUGUGGAGAAGAUUGUCGAAUGGAUGUCUUAUGUUCCAGCCAAGCGCAAUAUGCCAGUUCCAAUCUUGGAAACAAAAGACACAUGGGACAGACCAGUGGAUUUCACUCCAACAACUGAUGAAACUUACGAUGUAAGAUGGAUGAUUGAAGGUCGCGAGACUGAAAGUGGGUUUGAAUAUGGUUUGUUUGAUAAAGGAUCCUUCUUUGAAACCUUGUCAGGAUGGGCUAAAGGUGUUGUUGUCGGUAGAGCCCGUCUUGGUGGUAUACCACUGGGUGUUAUCGGUGUUGAAACAAGAACUGUGGAGAACUUGAUUCCUGCUGAUCCAGCCAAUCCAAACAGUGCUGAAACAUUAAUUCAGGAACCUGGUCAAGUUUGGCAUCCAAACUCUGCCUUUAAAACCGCUCAAGCUAUCAAUGACUUUAACAAUGGUGAACAAUUGCCAAUGAUGAUCUUGGCUAACUGGAGAGGUUUCUCUGGUGGUCAACGUGAUAUGUUCAACGAAGUCUUGAAGUACGGUUCAUUUAUUGUGGAUGCAUUGGUGGAUUUCAAGCAACCAAUUAUCAUCUAUAUCCCACCCACCGGUGAACUAAGAGGUGGUUCAUGGGUUGUUGUUGAUCCAACUAUCAACGCUGAUCAAAUGGAAAUGUAUGCCGACGUAAACGCCAGAGCAGGUGUUUUGGAACCACAAGGUAUGGUUGGUAUCAAGUUCCGUAGGGAAAAAUUGUUGGACACCAUGAACAGAUUGGAUGAUAAGUACAGAGAAUUGAGGUCUCAAUUGGCCAACAAGGGUUUGACUCCAGAAUUACAUCAGCAAAUUUCCAAGCAAUUGGCUGAUCGUGAAAGAGAACUAUUGCCGAUUUACGGACAAAUCAGUCUUCAAUUUGCCGAUUUGCACGAUAGGUCGUCACGUAUGGUGGCCAAGGGUGUUAUCUCUAAGGAGCUGGAAUGGACCGAGGCACGUCGUUUCUUCUUCUGGAGAUUAAGAAGAAGACUGAACGAAGAAUAUUUGAUUAAAAGGUUGAGUCAUCAAGUGGGCGAAGCAUCAAGGUUAGAAAAGAUUGCGAGAAUUAGAUCGUGGUACCCAGCUUCAGUGGACCAUGAAGAUGAUAGACAAGUCGCAACAUGGAUUGAAGAAAACUACAAGACCUUGGACGAUAAACUAAAGGGUUUGAAAUUAGAAUCAUUUGCUCAAGACUUAGCUAAAAAGAUCAGAAGCGACCAUGAUAAUGCUAUUGAUGGAUUAUCUGAAGUUAUCAAGAUGCUAUCCACCGACGAUAAAGAAAAAUUGUUGAAAAAUUUGAAAUAA